AUGUCUAUUACUUCUCUAGUCAACACCUCCUUCGACUGGCAUGACCACGCCAACGCCUUGCUAAAAAGUCUUACCACGAGAUAUAGCGACCAAUAUGGGUUGGGUACUAUGAGCGGAAGCAUCUAUGAUACCGCAUGGGUCUCUCUCGUUUCCAAAACAGUCGACGGGUCCACCCAAUGGGUGUUCCCUCAUUCUUUCCAGCACAUUUACAACGCUCAGUCCGCCGAUGGGAGCUGGCAGGGAGAUGGUUCUAUUCCAGAUGCUAUUAUCAACACCAUGGCGUGUCUUCUGUCGCUCAAGAGUCACGAAUCAUCUUGGAACGGCGGCGUCAACGACAUCGCUCCCCGUGCCGCCAAAGCUGCCUCCUACCUUGUUGACGCUCUCCAGGGCUGGGACAUCCUCUCAACAGAGCGCAUUGCGUUUGAGAUGAUUGUGCCCAGUCUGAUGGAGCAGCUCGAGAAAUACGGGCUCACGUUUGACUUCCCUCAGAAGGAGAUUCUUCUCAAACUCAGUAAGAAAAAGUUAGCCAUGGUCAACUUCGAGAUUGUCUACAAGCACCACACCACCGUCCUGCACUCGCUUGAAGCGUUUGCAGGAAAGAUUGACUUCGAUCGUUUGACGCACCACCUUAGAAACGGCAGCUUGAUGGCCUCCCCAUCCUCGACUGCAGCAUAUCUUAUGUACGCCUCCAAAUGGGACGAGAGCGCAGAGCGGUAUCUCAACCACGUUAUCGACCAAUGCCAGUCUUACGGGUACGGUGCUGUCUGCAACGUGUGGCCCACGACAGUAUUUGAAUUUUCUUGGUCUAUUUGUAACCUUUUCGAAAGCGGAUUUGAUGCCUCGAGGUUGGACAAGGAGUGCUUAGAUCGUAUUGCGAAUAUUCUUUACGACUCUUUGGCAGCAGAAAAGGGCAUCAUUGGUUUCGCUGCUAAUGUCGGACCUGACUCCGAUGACACCGCAAAGGCACUAACAGCGCUCCAGUUCCUGCAAAAGCCGUUUUCCAUGGAUCCAUUGAUUAAAGCCUUCGAGUUACCCACCCAUUUCCAAUGCUUCCAAUUCGAGCGUAAUCCAAGUCUCAGCGCUAACUGCAACAUUCUGAUUGCACUUCUGCGGGCUUCUAACCCAGCUGGAUAUGAAAAUCAGAUAUUGAAGGCGGCAACGUUUAUCACCAGCGAAUGGUGGACGACAGAAGGAACUGUGGAAGACAAAUGGCAUCUCUCACGUUGGUAUCCUGCGAUGUUGACGUCACAGGGCUUGGUCCAUCUCCUCUACCUCCACGGACAGGGCCUGUUCCCCCAGAUUUCUGACGACCUCUUGAAGGUCAAAAUACCUACUACCUUGUUCACGAUUAUCGUUCGGAUCCUGCAGUCCCAACGUCCUGAUGGUUCUUGGGGUGAAGGAGGAAGCCGUGAAGAGACUGCAUAUGCUGUCCUCGCGCUUGCAAAUCUCUCAUCUCUUCCAUACAGCGAGCUUAUCCGAGAACAAAUCGCUACAUCAGUCUCUCUUGCUCGUUCCUACUUAACCACGAGCAAUGCCGUCGACAACCUCCACAUUGCUCCUGCUGACUACAUCUGGGUUGGCAAAAUUGGAUACGGCGUCGAGCACGUCUGCAACUCAUACAUUGUCUCAGCACUGAAUAUUGCUGUACCUCUGUACGAACCCAGCACCGUCUCAGUUGGAGCUCCGCCCAUCCCAGUUAGUAAGGUGGAGUCGUUUACCAAGUUCUAUGGACGUCUCCAGAUGUACAAGGGUUUCCCGAAGUGGCGUUUGGUGGCAUGGAUCGUCGAGGGCUAUCUAUACCUCCCAGAGUUGGCUCGUGUGCGUCUAGAUGUAUUUGAUCGGGAUGGUAUGAAGAAAGACCCAUACUUCGAGUACCUGCCUUUCUCGUGGACGGGCCCGAAUGGGAUGGAAGAGACAUACACAAGUCCGCAAACUAUAUUUGAUAUGAUCGUCAUUUCGAUGGUCAACUUCCAAGUUGACGAGUUCUUCGAUCUCGUCGUACAGAAGCACGGUCCAGGAGCGAUCCAGAGUUUAAAACAUGCUAUCGGGGUCAUUUGCGACGACCUUGAGAAAGGCAUCGUCCCCAAAGCACUUCCAAAAGCGGGUACCAACGGUCACUCAAAUGGUCACUCAAAUGGUCACUCGAACGGGACCAACGGUACAGAGAGCGAGCAGAAGGACUCCUCGUACCAAGACAUUCACAGCCGACUCUCACACUUUGUCAACUUCGUUUUCACGUAUCCCAGAAUCGAGUAUGCGAGCCCCAACGACCAUGGCCAGCUCCGCCGUGAGAUGAGGAUUUAUCUCCUUGCGCACACGCAACAAUGCGAAGACAACGUACGCUUGCAGGCCCAAGAGCACUUCGACCCCUACCUAACACCUCCUUCAUCAUAUCUUAAAUGGGUGCGAGGCACAGCCUCUGACCAUCUAAGCUCGCAGUACGCUUUUGCAUUUAUCGCUUGUCUGCUUGGUCACAGCCAAAAUAAGGCGAAAGGUGGUGUUCGUGAGGAUUACUUCCCAACCGCCGAGAUCAAGUACAUCGCGCAGGAUUGCAGCGGUCACCUCUCCGUCAUUUGUCGAAUCUUCAAUGAUUGGGGGUCGAUGCGUCGUGACAGAGAGGAGAAGAACCUUAACGCGACCUUCUUCCCCGAGUUUGAAGGUCGUGCGAAGAACAAGAGCGAUGAACAGCUCAAAUCGGAGUUGCGCGCGAUAUCAGAUUACGAGCGCAAGACUUUGCAAUUGUCGUUUGACGAGUUGCUCCGUGUGUGUCAAAAGACAGUGGGCCCUGCUCAAGGGAAGAGACUACACGAGGUUGUGAGACUAUUCUAUAAUGCCAGCGAGAUGUAUACGGAGAUAUACGAGUUUAGGGAUCUCAGUACAUGGCAAGCAUAGUAUGAUUCAUAUGACGCAUUUUUUUACGCACGCAUGUAGACACUGUAUAGUAAUUUAUGAUAUUUCUAGAAAAUAGAACACAGAUUUUCAUCAU